UACGGCGAGGAGAUUCGCCGCCUAUUCGAUCCCGCCGACGAUCCCGGCCGGCGCCGGAUCCCCCUCGCGGAGCUUGUCGUAUACAACGCUGAAAAGCACGUGUCUCAGCUCAAGUUCCAAGCCCGAACUCUACCAGUCGAGCGAGAUGAAUUCUCACUCGUCGUCUACAUUGACGGUGCGUGUCGCGGCAAUGGCACACGGAAUGCGCGCUCUUCCUACGGCGUCUACUUUGGACCCGACUCGCCGUACAACGCCAACGGACUCAUCGACAACGCCGCACCGCAGACAAGCACACGCGCCGAAAUAGAAGCCCUCGCCGAAGCCCUGAAGAUCAUCCAGGCCGUUUGUGCUACCGACUUCAAGCUUCAACAAAUCACGAUCGCGACAGACUCGUCGUACCUGGUCGACGCCAUGUCCAAGCACGUCGGAGGCUGGAUCGAGCGUGGCGGUCUUGGCUCGAGAGGGAAGGCGGUCGCGCAUUAUGACCGGCUGAAGGCGUUGCACGAGCUGCUCGACGAGAUGGAGUAUGGAGAUGACGGCGGCAUCGUUGUGCAGUUCUGGCGUAUUGAGCGGAGUAUGAGCAGCGCCGCCGAUGCGCUUGCCAACGCU